ACGCUUUCGAUACAACGAAGCUCUAGGAAAGAGAGACCAUACUCUAGGAAAGAGAGAAGACCAUACAACGAAAACCCUAGGAGGGAGAGGGAGAGGGAGAGUGAGAGAGAGGGAGAGGAGCACCAUCGAGGCAAAGGCGCGGCAGUUGCAGUGCUUUAGGAGGGUGAGCUUAUCCAAAAAUGGCUGACGAAAGACGAGUGCACCCAGAUUGCAUUAAUGCAUCCAAUCCAUACCAUGAAUGUGUCGAAUAUUGCUUCAGAAAAAUUGCUGAAGCCAAGGCACGAGCGAAUGCAAAUGAACCAGAGGUGCAAGCAAGUGCUGGCAGUGGUCAGCCCAAUUUAGAUCCUGAUGAGAAUGCAGUUCCACAUGAUGAAGGACAGGAUAUUGAAGAACCUGCUGAUGACAAUCGUGACCAUCUUGUUGAGGAGAAUGCGGAAGUAGACUUUACUAAACUUACAGGGAAGCAGAAAAAAUUGUUUGAGCUGAGGCUCAAGAUGAAUGAGGCAAGGAAAGCUAAUCAAACAGCCAUGGUGGCUGAGAAGAAACGAAUGGAAGCUCCACCAGAAUCAAGGGGCAUUUCAAAACAAAAAUGGCUUGAGGAUCGGAAGAAAAAAAUUGGCAAACUUCUAGAUGCAAAUGGCUUGAAUAUGGAAAAAGCAUAUAUGCUAGACACGCAAGAGAUGGCUGAAUCAAAAUAUAAAAAAUGGGAAAAAGACCCUGCUCCUUUUGGUUGGGAUGUUUUCAACCAGAAAACCUUGUACAAUGCAUACAAGAAGCGUACAAAAAACAUUGAGGUUGACUUGGAAGAAUAUAACAGAAUGAAAGAAGCUGAUCCAGAGUUUUACCGUGAAGCUUCAAGCCUCCAAUAUGGAAAGGCACCAAAAAUUUCGGAGGACAAGAUUGACAUGAUGGUGAAGGAACUCAAGGACCGAGACGCGAAGCGCAACUCAUUUAGCAGGAGGAGAAAGUUCCAUGAGGAGAAAGACAUUGAUUCAAUCAAUGACCGCAAUGAACAUUUCAACAAGAAGAUUGAACGGGCCUUCGGUAAAUAUACUCUGGAAAUCAAAAACAAUCUCGAGCGAGGAACUGCUUUGCCUGACUAAGGUAUUCGCUACUUAUAAUGCCUUUGUUUAUUAUGUAAAUAAAACAAAUUAAAGUCCUGCUUUCAAACUGUAGAAGUCUGCUAUCGGAGAGGAUCUUAUUCUUGUGUAGAAACCUGCUUUUUGAAAUUUGUGAAUUUUAAAGAUAUAUUUGUAUGAUUACUUUUGGCAUAACAAGGUUUGUAGGAUGCAUCUUUGAUUUUUAGUUUGCUGACUCAAAUUAUAGUGGAUGAUGAUAAUCAUAUGGUGGUGCGGAUAUAUAAAUAGGAAGCCUAUCGUAGGUCAUAUAUUUGCAAUAUCCAAGGAUGCAUUAUCUAUGCCCAAAAAGUGGUGUGAAUUGAAGAGAAUGUAUAGAAAGAUUGGCAUCCCAAUUAAAAUUGAAACUUAAGCCAAUUCCGGAAGAUGUUGUGACGUGCAGCAUUCUGGAAUAGAUGGAUCUGAUUGAGCAGGAUUAUAUAUUUUUUUUUUCGGUUUGAUCAAAUUCCAUGCCCUUUUAUUCAUCUGCAACAGUUUGAGAUUCAUUGUGAUAGCUAUUGUCAAAGUUGAGCCUGAUAGACUAUUCAAACUGAUAUCUAUGCUUAUUUGGUACCAAAUCACUAAAUGCUACGUUUAUUUGGCUGAAACAGCAUCCCAUUAAAAUGGACCUGAAUUAGGCUUAAUCAAAUUCCAUACCGUAUUUGUUCAUUUGCAACAGCUUGAAAUUCAUUGUGAUAGCUCCUUUUGAGCCAAAGCUGGGCAUGAUAGAUUAUUCAAGCCAAAACGAUCACCCCAGAACUUUUGUCUAUUUGGUACUAAUUCACUAAAGUGCUACUUGCAUUUGGUGUUAAUCAGCUUGCCUUUGGUUGCAGGGACUUCACCAGCAUGGAGAUCACAGUGAACAACGCCUCCCUUUUGUAUUUUAGCAGAAGUUUGCUCAUGGACUUUGUUUUAUCAUCCACUAAAGGAUUUUGAUUUGUAAAGGUAUCGAAAUCCUGAUUUGGUGGAAUUAACUCAUGUUGUAGAAGUUACAUUUUCCUUUCGUUACUCCGCAAGGCAAAUGAAAAGUAAGAAACUUUCAUUUUAUAUCCUUUUCUGUUCACAAACUGUUAUGUAUUAAAUUUUCUUCAAAUUUAAUUGUAAAUUACUAAAGCAUAAAAUUUAUUGUUUUAUAAUAUAUUUUGUUGUUCA